GGUAAAGGGGCCCCGGACUUCAUGAUGGCGAAGACUCUACUGAGAAAUGAAUCCGUCCCAAAUCGAAAAACUCCGAAACCUACUCCUACUAGUGGCACUAUAGAUCUUACCAAACCUAACAAACCAUCCGAGACAGACUCCUCGGCUAGGAUAACGUCGGUCUUGCAGCUCCAUGAGUCAAAGUUUCACAUUCAGUGGCAAUCACUCACGACACUACAGCCUGGUAUAUGGUUAACGGAUGAGAUUGCCAACGGUGCUCUUUACCUCAUCAAGGAAGUAAGCAACGACAGGGUGCAGGUCGUCGAUUCAUUAUCACACCAAUCCAAACAGCAGCAUACGAGACCGAACUUCCUUGACAGCCAAGUAUUGCUGCUGCCCAUGCUAAUUCGUCAAAACCAUUGGGUCCUUGGUGUGUAUAAAGACAGGACAGGGCUUUUGGUUUACGACUCCAAAUAUGACUCGACCACCAAGGAUGCCGUAUCGGACCAAGCUAGUGCAUUCUUUUCGAAAAUCCUCCGGAAGGACGACGACGACUGCCCGCAAACUACAAUCACUGCGCCGUUGAUUCAAUCCAACUCCGAUGAUUGCGGUAUACUCAGCAUUGCUGCAGCUUUCCAUAAAGCGAUGCGUCUCAGCAUCGAGCCUACGCAUGUCGAUCCAGCUCAAUCUUGUGUCGAUAAACAUCUCAAUAACUCACCACCAGUGGAGAUUGAACUUCCAUGUCUGCCAUCAACGGUCCCAUGUUCCGAACUUCCUAGAACUCUAGCUCAGUUCUUCUACACAUUUCUCCCGAGACUGCGCCAGCGGUCCAACGCAAUCAAGAAAGCACUAGUUUCAAGAGAACUCGUCUUGAAAAUUAGCCGCCUCGCGAAGGACGCGACAAACGCUAGUACAGACGCUAUGGCACGGUUCCAAAGAGUACAUGAUUAUUACGAGGUGGAGGUACAGCGAUUGCGUGCCGAGGAAAAGCAGGCUAGGAUUUCGAUGCAGCCGGUUAUGACCUGCAGAAAGAGUUUUCCAAAAAUCGAUGACGAGGUCCAACACACAAACGGACCCAUGGCGAGUAUUGGUUUAAGCAGUGAGGAGACUAUGCAUAAUAUGUCGAGUAGGAAACGAAAGCUUGGCUGGUCGCUAUAGAUAUUUCCCUUCGUUUAUCUGCAACAUCUCAAGCCUCCUCUGAGUAGGGAGUAUAUUCUUUUAGUACUAAGGAGGACCCCUUUGGUGACGAUUUUCCGACCGCAGGGUUUGGGUGCGCUGAUGGGUAGGUGUUGGAUUCACCAGGGUACCGGUACUGGAAUAAACAGGGCGUAACUGUACGCCGAAAGCUGGUGGUUCAAGUGAUGGAUUGUAGAUGUGUGUUCU